GGAACCUUUUUUGGGGGUUCGGUAAGAAACCGAUUUUUUUUAGAGUGAAGAAAUGUCUUACAACCGUUCUUGCACAAUUAAUCGUCCUAAAGUAAUCUCCAAUGUUGAAUAUUUAUUCCAUUAGGCUUCUAAAGUUCCAAAAGAAUCAAUUGAUUUUAAAAAAUGGAACGAAGAUCCUGAUGAUAUUGCAAAUAAAGAAAUUCGAGUUUUAGAACCAAAACAACUAUCUCUCGCAGCAGAUUUAAAAAAUGCAACAGAAAAAUUCUUCCAAGAUGCACAAAUGUCAAUUAAGAUGAGAAAAGAUAAAAAUUUAAAUGAAAAUAAUGAUGACAAAAUAUUAUUAAAUUUAUCCAAAGAUCCAUCUAUUUUAAUUACUAAACCUGAUAAAGGUCCUGGUGUCGUAAUACUUGAUCAUAAUGAUUAUAUUGAAAAAUUAGAAAACAUUUUAAGUUAUAAUAAAAAAUUUAAAUUAUUGAAUGAAGAUCCUACCAUUUCUCGCGAAAACGCAUUAAUCACUAUUUUACGACAAAUGAAAAACGAAGAAUAUUUGACACAACAAGAAUAUAAAUAUAUUAAACCAGUAGGUUCUGUUUCAGUAAGAUUAUACGGCUUACCAAAAGUUCAUAAAGAUAACGUACCUCUCCGACCUAUAGUAUGA